AAGUUCCAGAAGUCACAGCAUUGGGGUUUCUGCAAUAAUGUUGCUAUGCUGGUUGCAGAAGAUAAACCCGGGGUUGGAGGUGAACCGUUACCUGGUCAGAAACUGAAACCUAAAUACAGUGUGUUUCCUGAAGGGAUGGGAAAUGAUGCUCCUGCUUGGGUAGCAUUUGACAAACAGGUAUUAUCUUUUGAUGCCUAUUUUGAGGACGAAGUGCCUGACAAAAAUCAAGAGCCUUAUAGAAUCAGAUAUUGUAAAAUAUACUUCUAUCUUGAAGAUGAUACAAUCCAAGUGCUUGAACCCCGAAUGAAAAAUAGUGGCAUCAAUCAAGGAACUAUUCUUCGACGACAUCGGGUUCCACUUCCACCUCCUCGUGAAGAUGAGUUCUAUACUAUAGAUCAUUUCAAUAUCAACACAGAAAUAGUCUUUUAUGCCCGAAUAUAUAAGAUUAUAGAUUGUGACCAAUUUACAAAAAAUUUUCUGAGGAAGAUGGGAAUUAAAUUAAAUCCUCCUGCAGGUCAUCCAGAUGACCCAUACACUAAAAAGAGGCAAAAGAUUCUGGAGAGUAUGAAUCCACUGCGCCCAUAUGAGCGCUUUGACACUUUGAAACAAUUUCUGGAGCAUGAUAAACGUGUCUUACGUUUUUUCUGUGUUUGGGAUGACCCAGAAUCUAUGUUUCAUGACCCACGGGAACUUGUUCUGCACUAUUAUUUGUCUGAUGAUACUAUUGAUAUAAAGGAAAUUGUACCAAUAAACUCAGGCCGGGAUACAGUUCCACUUUUCCUCAGAAGAGAUAAGCUUCCAAAGCAUGCUCCUGUUGGACUGUUUCAGCCAGGCACCAUCACCCGUCAAACUGUUCUCAAUGUGUUUGGAAAUGCAAUAGGAGGGAAAAGCCGUUAUUUAAUAGACAAUUGGAAGACAGGAGCAGUGCAUCAGGAAUUUUACAAAGACAGUGACCUGAAAAUAGGGGCAGUAAUUAAUGUUUGGGGAAGGAAGAUAAUACUCUGUGAUUGUGAUGAAUUCACCAAGGAACAUUACAGAACAAAGUAUGGAAUUGUGGAUUUCACCCCGGUUCCAUAUAAGGCUCCACCACCUCCUCCAAAACCAGAAAAAACAUUUCCUCCUUAUACUGGAUUUGGUUCUGAAGAGGAUUCUCUGUGCUCCUGUAUGAAUCUGAUUCUCAAGCCUCCCCAAAAAGAUGUGAAAAAAUUCAUGGAGAAAGACAGAAGUGGCAUGGAAAGUAACAUACUGCGCUUUGUUGCAAAACUCAGCACAGAUAGUCAUGUUGACAAGGAUCGGAAAUUCAUUAUUUCCUACUUCCUGAGUGAUGAUACCAUUUCAGUUUUUGAACUUACACAGGAAAACACAGGGAUAGCUGGUGGGAAGUUCUUGGAAAGAGGUCGCAUUAAGAAGCCUGGGCAGGAGCUCUUUAAGAGUGAGCCAUCUGAAUACUUCAAGGCUCAGAAUCUGUUUGUUGGAGCCACAGUUUGUUUCCAUGGACACAACUUCCUUUUAGUGGAUGCUGAUGAGUACACAUUCAAAUACAUGGAGAAGAAUGCAAAUGAGUUCCCCAUGGCUCAUAUUGGUGUCGUCCUCAAGAAACUGAAAGACAUAGCAGAGCCUCGUUCCCGAGAAAUCAGACAGGCGUUUGCAGCCACUGACUCCGAGCACACCAAGGUGCUCAACUAUGAACUUUUCAGAAAUUUGAUAGUCAGUAUCACAGAUGGAGCCUUUUCAGAACAUGAAAUUAUCACUCUUGGGCGCUAUUAUGGUGUGAGAGAUGAAUAUGAAUUGGACUGCCACUUUCUCCUUGCAGUGGCUCAAGAACAACUAAAGAAAAAUAAUUUUGAGAAUUUUGAACAGCUGUCUGCAGUGUUUAUGUACAAUGACCGUGAAAAAUGUGGAGUGCUUCCCCGUGAGACAUGCAGAACUAUUUGCAAGUCCUUCAAGUUGCCCCUCACUGAUGAUGAUCUGCAAGGUUUACUGACCAUGUUUGAAGAUGACCGUAAGCAAGUGGAAUAUAAUAAGCUUGUGGAUGGGCUGAAUUGGAGAAAGAAUCAAAUACCUGCUUUCCAGACAAUAAAGCUUCCACUCAAGAAUGAAGAACAGAGGAGCAGACACCCACCAUCCCUGCCUGUGAAAGGGAUCAAAUACUUGCCUCUUCUGGAUGAUCUGUUUGGCAAGGAAGAAUAA